AUGUCAUCUACUGUGAAGUUUGAAGGCCAUGUUUCAGUUAAAAGACCUAUCUUGGAUUCAUUGAUGAUCCAUAACUUUCAUGUAACACUCUUCUUCAAAGAUAUUAGAGAUCACUGCUGGGUACACAAAGAAAUAUUAUAAAAACUUAAGUAGUCUAUCUUCUAGAUAUCACGGACCACUCUAACGGGGAUAAAUAGUGAAAAAAAGGUAGAUUUCAUCACAACAGUUAAAAUCUUGAGCAUGAUAAAAAGAACAGUGAGAGGUCAAGUUUACAUUUCAUUCAAACAAAAAAGCCCUUAAUGUAGUAAAAGCUGAAUACAACUUCUAAAUAGAAGUUGUCUAAGAUGGAAGCAAAGUAAUUUUCGCUGUCCUUUACAAAUGUUUCAGUUUUUGGCAUGCAUGAAUGUUUGUAAUCAAUAAACUCAAUUCAAAAGUAAUCCAACAGAGACAUGUCCAGCAGCAUGAUAAAUCGACGGCUGUCAUUCAGAUAACGAGCAGAGGAAAAUUAUAAGCUUACAGUAUCUUGAAAACUGGAGUUAAGUGUUCUAGGAAAGAAUGAAAAUAUCGAAAAAAAGAGUUGUUUUAAAGACGAUCAAGUCAUUGGUUUCUGGCGUAAAAUUUAAUUCUACUCUGUACCAAACACUGAGAUUUAACAUAAUUUUGAGAGUGGGAUAAGCCAUAAAAACAACAUCAAAAGUGCGUUUGUGUUCACAACAUAAAAUAAACUCUACCCUAAUAGAGUUUGGCUCACAAAAGGAAGCAAAAUUUCGCAGAAACUUACUUUUUUGAACAGACUUUGUCUAAAGCGUCCAUUUUCAACAACACCUUCAAAGAAGCAGAUCUUCCCGCCUCGCUGUCAGCCGACGCUGUCACAACACCACAAACGUAUGUGCGAUGGUGAACCUUUGGCCACGGCGUCGCAAAAUUUUCGGAUCGUAAACUCCUUAGUAUUAUAAACAGGAGGCAAGCACCAUUAUUUUCAUUGAACGUUAUUUAGUCCACUUUGACUUUCUUGAAAGUAUCUUCAAACUGCUGUACUUCAUUUUUACUGUCAUGCAAAAUAAGUCAGAAAGAAACCCACAAACCCCCGAAAGGAAGUUACGUUUUUUAAAUCACAGCAGGCAACUGCAACAGCAAUUGAAAAAAACAUUUUUUUUAGAACUCCCACAAAUGUUUCACGCUGGUGUCAUUUUGGCCACAUCAUUGUAGACUCAUAUAUAGCCAAAAAAGCAAUAAGUUUAGACUACCAAUGUAUACUAAAUAUGUGGACUAGGGCCAAUACAAAAGACAUUUAAAGUGACAGUUUUUUACAUGUAAAGAUAUUAAAAGCUGAAUUUUUCACUCAUUGACAGGCACAUGAAAAUCAAGCUGAAUACAGCACUUGUCAAGACCUCUCUACAGAGAAUAAAGCACUCAAAAAGGAGAUCAGAGUAUAGCGAUUUAAAGUCACCAGACUGACUAACCAGAUGGUAAACAACCAAAACCAGUGGGUGGAGACUUUGCAGGAGAUCCAGUUACAUAAAUCUAAAGACAAGAUCAUUUAGUACCAGAUUGUGGUGAGUGUUCUGAAUUUGUGUUGGGGGGGGGAAGGAGUAUUCCAAAUUGUGGGCUAUACAAGACUUUGCAGUUAUUCUCAUUUGUGCUGUUUAUCUUUGAUGGAUAUUCCAUGUAUAUUAGUAAAAAGGCAGUCAACCCUUGGUUUUCAAACAACAUCCAAUUUUUUUUCCCGUUUAUUGCAAAUUACAGAAACUUUUCUAUCAGAUAAAUAAUCUAUUUGUUGUUGAUAGGCCACAAGUAAAGAUAAUCUAAGCCAUUAUGAUUCCUUUUCUCUAGAUAACACAGCACAAGCUCACAAUGCUCCCACUGUGUUUGGUGACCAGAAUUACAGUGUAGAUGACUUUACAGAGGAUAGUGAUGAUGAUGAUGAUGACAAUGAAGAGCCAGAGAAUGACGAUGAUCCUAGCUGGACUCCUGAAAAAUGA